AAGUUUGAAUAUCAGAAAAGUUGAGGGGGAGUUAACGCAGUAAAUUUGAAUUUGUCAGCCAUUACAGAAAACCGAAAGAAAAAACAGAAUUUUUCUGUGUGAUUGAAGCAUUAAAAAGAGCAAGUUAAUGCUAAUUAAUAAAUAAAACAGCUUGGAAACAAUAAUAAGGAGGAAAGGAAGCACACAAUUGAUUUUUAAUCUGGAAUUCAGAUGAUAAAUUUCAAUUCGUUUCGAGUACAACAGAAAGAAACUGGAAGUAAUAUGUCAAAUACAUCAUUCCCAAAUAAUCAGCCUACAGCAAGCGGAAUACAGCAACAGCAGAAGCUUAAUGAUGAUAAGCAAGUCCCCCAAAUGAGUUCGAUGGCAAAUCAACAAACUAUUCAUUCACAAAACAAUAAUAAUAAUCAUGGAAUGAGCGGAAAUAUUCCUCAGUUAUUAAUGCAGCAGCAACAACAACAACCAGUUCCACAUAUGAAUCGAAAUAUGAAUGUUGCGGGUCAUCAACAAAUCAAUAAGAGUGUGCAUCAAAUGACCUCACAACAGCAAGUGACAUUUCAACAGCAGCAACAAUUAAUGUCAUCAAUAACACAAAUGGCUGCAAUGAAUAAAGUCAAUCUCUUACAGAUGACAAGUCAGUUUUCUCAAUCCUAUCAGUCGCAAACACAGAAUAUGCAACAAUCUCAGCAUCAUCAAAACAUGCACUCUGCUGUCGCUCAAGAUUCUCAGAAACUUCAAGCGUCGAUUCCUCAACAAAUGAAUCAAAAUAAGCAAAUGUAUCCGUCUCAGCAGCAUCAAAUUAAGGCAUCUACCAUGAAUUAUGGAAGUGGAAAUUUGCCAUCUGCAAAUCAAGGCUCAGCGUCACAUUCGCAUUCUCAAUAUUCACCAACUAAGCCGAUUCAUCCACAAAUGAAAACAACUGCCAAGCUGGCAACGCCAGGAAGUCAAUUACAGAAAUCCCCAACAUCUCCACAAAUUCCUGUAUCUGUUUCUCAAAAUCCAGUUCAAAUUCCUCCAACAUCACAGCAAACUAAGAAUGUGCCUUCCACAACACCGACAACUAUGACAUCUAAUGUAAAUUCACCUGUGGCAUCAACUGGCAAUUCGAUUCCAACUUCGUCUCCUCCAAUUUCGACGGUAUCAAUAACAAGUCCAACAAACAAUCCUUCAGUUCCAGUCGCUCAAACACCCCCGACUGUCAAUAAAUCUGUACCUUCAACAUCACCAAAUAAGCAGCCAUUAACUUCAUCUGCAAUUCCAUCUACUUCUCUUCCGAAUACCCCUAUUGUUUCAUCAUCUCCCAUUACUGUCAAUAAUCCAAAUAUUCCUGUCACACCACCUAAUAUAGUGCCAUUACCAUCAAAUGUCCCUUCUUCAUCACCCAAUACCAAUAAUCUUAAAGCACAAACUGGACCAAUUGAUACGGCGGCAACGCCUUCAGCUAACAAAAAUAACAAUAAUAAUCCUAGCAAUCAGAGUGGACAGGCAGCACAAAAGGCAGUAACCGAACCGAUUAAUAAGGAAAAGGAACCACUUCAAAGUAAAUCUCCAGCUAUAAAAGUAUCAGUAGAGCUUGUUAAACAAAAUGAUGAGAAGAAACCGCCAUCAGUUCCUUUAAAUCCACAAGCAGAAAGCAGUAGCAGCAGCAAUAAGGUUGAGAAAGUGACACCAGAAAAAGCAACGGCACCAAAAGCUUCAAAUUCAACAAGCAGUGUACCUCAAAGCAGCAAAAGUACAAUGAGAUUGGCAACAGUAACAACGCCACCACGUAAAAAGCCACCACCAACGAUUCCCAAGAAAGUAACGACACCUAAUCCACAAAAAACACCUACCAAGGCAACUAUACCUGUUAAAAUUGAAACUCCAAAAGUUGAGGAACAAAAACCUAUAGAAACAACACCGAUUAAGCCAUUGGCAGCAACUUCAUCAAUUCCAACAACUGUUGCAAAUAAUCCAACAGUCAAGAAGACAGAAACAUCUCCAAAAUCUAAUAACGCGGGACCAUCGACGACAAAUCAAAAUGUCACUCCAAAAACAAAGAGAGUUCGCACUAAAGUACAACCAUAUCAAAGUCCAACACCUGAAUUAGCACUUGUGACUAAAUUAUCAACACAAAUUGCAAAUCCUACAAAGAAUGGUGAUGAUAAGCUGACUAUAUUUUACAAAAACGAAUUUCUUGCUGUUCGCAACGGUGAAGGUGGAUUCUACUUAUGUCAAGCCAUGCAUAAUGUCUACAAAUCAUCACCAAAAAUUAAGAUUCGUUGGUUGAAUGAAAAAGAGGAAGGAAAGAUUAAUGAGAAUGGUGGACGAAUUUACAAUUUAGACUUUUAUGAUCAAACUGAUCUUGAGUGCGUAUUGACAACAGUGGAACUGGACAAAACAGACUCCAAGACAUAUGAAUUACCAAAAGAAGAACUAUCUAGGGUCGAAAAUAUCUUAAAGAAGGCAAUUGAUGUUGAAAAGGGAAUAUUACCUCGUCCAGAUGUUACUGAGGAAAAUCCUGAUGGCUUGGAUUUAUCGAUAUACAAGGACGAGUCACAACUUGACAAAAUAUCAUCGAAGAAACGAAAGAAUUCAAAGAAAAGUAGCGAUGAAGGUGAGGAUAUUGACAGUGAUGAGCCAUUAAAGAAGAAAGUAGCUACAAAGUCAUCAACAUCGACUCCCAAAAAAAUUCUUAUGCCUAGAUCAACGGCGAAAAAACAAAUUAUUGUAGAGGAUGACGAUAGUUCAGAAAGUGAUGAAGAAAAUUUAUUGGAAGUUAAAAAAAAGGCUAAAAGCCAGCAAACCCCGGCAAAACAGGAAAAAGCAACAGAAAAAAUCAAUCAACAACCGACAACAAGCAAGGAUGUAGAACAAUCUAGACGAAAAAGAGGAGCUGAAAAACCGUUGCCAGCAAUAAAAAGUCCAAAAGUUCAAAAGGUUGAAGAAGUAAAGGCACAGGUAACAAGUCCUGUCAAACAAACAGUAUCAAAAGCUAUAGGCGUACCUAAGAAAAAUGAAAAAGUGGACGUUCCAGAGAAAAAGGUCGAACCUGAAGUGAAGAAAGUUGAGCCACAGCCUGCUAAAAAGGCUGAAGUAGAGGAGAAAAAAGGCGCAAAGAGUAAGAAAACAGCAGCUCCAGUUGAAAAGAAAUCACCUGCAAAAAAAUCAGAACCUAAGGUAGCCGAAAAGGCAAAUGAUUCAGUGAUAGCUGUUAAAAGUACACCCGAAAGUCCUUCAAAGAAAAUUACAGGAAAGAUAGCUACAGUAAGUAAUGUAGAGACCUCCUCAGAGCCAGCAUCGACAACAAAAGCAUCAUCAAGAGCCCGUAAUACGCGAUCAAAGAAAUGAUGAGGCUAAAUCUAAUGACAUCAAGUAUAAAGUUAGUAAAAUGAUAAUAUUUUCUUUCUUACAUAAAUUGGAUAUAUGUAAUCAAAGUAAUAUUAAUUGAUAAUCUAAUCUAAUUCAUUUAAAUCGAAUAUUUACAAAACACACAAACACACGUCUGGCGUAAAAGAAACCUUUAGCUAAAAAAAUUAAAGUCUUUUGUGGACGGAAUCCUCUACAGACAAGCUAUACUUAUGAUAAUACUGUCUUGCAGGAACCGACUACAGACGACAUAACACGUUAUCAUAAUUAUCACGGUUAAAAGAAAAUGAAAGAUUUAGUGGAUAAAAAAAAUUAUUACUUAUUUAAAUUAAAGAAAGAUAAUUAAACUAUAAAUUUUAAAUGAGAAUAGAAAAUGAAGAAAAAAAUACAUUUAGCUAAGAGAGAGAUAGUAAGUACACACACAAAGUGUAUCGUGUCCUUUUUUUGUCCUUUUAUAAGAAUGAAGUAUAUUCGUCAACAAUUUAAUUUUUUUGAUGCUUUAAUUUUUAACUAUAAUAGAAACCUUAAUGUAAUGGAAAGUGUAUUAAAUUUCAUUGUGACAACGUUGAGAAACUUAUAAUCAUGUUCACACCAAAUCAUUCCACGAAUGUGCGGAUGUUUAUUUCUAUUCUGAUUUUUGUUGAUAAUCAAAAGUGCUGUAAAGUUUUUUAUUUCAAUAAUUUCUGUCACAAUUUUUUUUUGAAUUUUCAAAAACGAAGCCAGUUCUGGUUCUUCAUAAAUUUAACGUUCAGUUUUUUUUGUGUCCAUAAACAUAGCAUGUGAAGACAUAAACUUAGCUCUCAACCUAUGUCUUUGAAAUUGAUUUUCAAAGUUGUAUUUCCAUUAAAAGUUCUUUGAUAGCUUUUCAACAAGAUUUGUUGAUGCAUGUUCUUCUACGUUUCGUCACAUUAGAAUUGAAUUAAAUAUGGUGUGAAUAUGUUCGUAAUGUCCAUUAAUACUUGUUUACAAAAUAAUUUUUAAGAAUGAUAGAUUUAUAGAGUUAAUUUUUAUUAUUUUAUAUGUUCAACAUUAAAGAUUUUUUACGUUAUUUAAACUUACAAUGGCAAUUUUAGACUUCUUCCUUAUUAUUUUUUAUUACCUUUUUGAUGAAAAAAUUCAAAAUUUUUUAAGUCUUCAAAAUUUUUAAUCUAAAGAGUCUAGGCAUACAUCUGUGCCUGGACAUAAAUGAUUUAAUUGCAAUCGUAGCUAUAGAUUUGUUUAAAGAUAGUUGAUAAAUUAGUGUCUGCAACAAGAAAUUGAGACGAUUUGAAUAUUAAAAAGAUAAUUCGGUAGAUGUGAAUACAAGAUAAAUUUCAUUCAUAAAUUUAAGUUUAAAAUAUGGUAAUUAAAUAACAAAAAUGUCAAGAUACCAUGCGUAUAAGAAACUUAUUGAGAAAUUAAAAACUAAUUAAUGGUGUAAGUGUUUAUUAUCGUUUUAACGUGUAUGACAUCCUAAGUUCUUUUAUUAUUCACUUGAUUUUACUGAAAUCAUUAAUUAAAGUAUAUAUAAACAUUUCUCUAUUAAAAAGAAAAGAAUCUGAAUCCAAUGAAUUGAUGAAAAAUAAAUAAAUAAAAUAUGAAACUUUAAAUGAAUAAUGCUAGUUCAGGAGACAAAUUAAAAUAAAAUGUAAUAUUGAAAAAUGGUAAAAUUUAAUGAUGCAAAAAAUAAAGAGUAUCAGUUUAAAAAUAGCCAGUUUCGUAUUGCUAAUUAGAUCAACUUUCUUAAAAAUAAGCAAUUUUAAAAAGUUUAAAAAAAAGCAAAAAGUUCCUUCGGGCCGGAUUUGAACCAGCGACCUAUGGAUAUCUGAGAAAUGUUUGCCACUACAGUCCACCGCUCUACCAACUGAGCUACCGAAGGUUGUUUAUAUGUUGAAGGUUUGCUGCCAAAAUACAUUUAUAACCUUACAUUAGCCCAUUUUCACUGGAGAAUUCCAACUUUAACAUUUACUUAUAACAUAAAUUACCAUAAUUCAU